AUGUCGACAACCAUCACACAAACUCAAGAGCCGAUUGAGCUCACAACUCUACAUCAACGUGGAAAAGACACUAUUGAAGAGCAGCCUUCUUUACCGCCCGAUGAUGUACCUCCUCCAUAUGCGCAGACACAGGCGCAGAGGUGGAACUAUCCAAAAGGGAACAUGCCCAAACUCGGAUUUGCUUUCAUGUCAUUUAUCAUCGCUGGCAUGAAUGAUGCAGCCGUUGGUGCUUUGAUCCCAUAUCUCGAAACAUAUUACGAUUUAAGCUACACAAUCAUCUCUCUCAUUUUCCUCACUCCCUUCGCCGGUUACUCAGUCGCCGCUUUCACCAAUGCACGAAUCCACAUGCGCUUCGGCCAGCGCGGUGUCGCUAUCAUGGCACCCAUCUGUCAUCUCAUUACCUUUGUCGCGCUGGCUCUGCACCCUCCGUACCCCGUUCUUGUCGUAUGUAACAUCUUUAGCGGCUUCGGAAACGGUCUCACGGAUGCGUGUUUUUGUGCUUGGGUUGGCGCCAUGGACAAGGCCAAUACCGUGCAGGGCUUCUUGCACGCGUCGUAUUCCCUCGGGGCGCUGUUCUCACCGCUCAUUGCCACAUCAAUGGUUGUUUCUUAUGACCUCCCUUGGUAUACCUUUUAUUAUGUCAUGAUUGGAAUUACUGUGGUGGAAUGGGUUGGUCUCACUGUUUCGUUCUGGCAAAAGACUGGUGCUGUCUAUCAGCUCGAACAUGUCAAUGAAUCAGAAGGUAGUGGCGCUGGAACAAGAGAGGCCCUCAAGUCCAAAGUCACAUGGCUCUGCUCGUUGUUCUUCUUUGCUUACAUGGGGGUCGAAGUCGGUCUUGGUGGAUGGGUCGUCACAUUUAUGCUACGCGUACGAAAAGCCUCAGCAUACGCAUCUGGUGCAUCUGGCACAGGAUUCUGGGCAGGCAUGGCUCUUGGACGUGCAUGUCUAGGCUUCGUGACGGAGCGCUUCGGCGAGAGACUCUGUCUAUCUAUUUAUCUCGUCAUCUGCAUCGGUCUGCAACUUCUCUUCUGGUUGGUUCCUCGAUUCAUAGUCUCGGCCGUUGCUGUCGCCUUUCUGGGCUUCUUUCUGGGACCCAUGUUUCCUGGGGCGGUUAUGGUGACUGCUAAACUUCUACCAGCCAAGAUCCAUGUAUCUGCCAUUGGAUUUGCCAUGGCUAUCGGUGGUACGGGUGGAACCAUCUUUCCAUUUGCCAUCGGAGCCAUUGCGAACUCUAAGGGUGUUGGUGUUUUGCAGCCUAUUAUCCUUGCAUUGAUCACUGUUGUUGCUGGUGUUUGGUUGAGUUUCCCUCGAAUUCAGAAGAAGGACUGA